UUAUAAUUCGCUUUCUGUUUCUGUCUUGACUUCAGUGGAAUUACAUUAUCGUAAUACCAGCAGAAAAGAGUCUGACGGAUCAGGACCUAAUUGUCUGAGUUGGAAUUCUGUCUACAGAUACAGUGCUCUUGCUGUUCUUAUAGUGUCAUUUUGUUCAAGAUAAUCUCCUUCUGUUUGUCCCAACCAGUCCCUGAAUUCUGUGCAGGCAAUGAAUUAAACAAUGCAUUUCAGUUUGAUCAAGUUAAAUAUUUUACAACAAGCCUGUUUCCCAGUUCAAUUUGUGGACACAGUCUUCAUUGGAUCUUCCCAAAAACUGUAUGGAUUUGCAGGAUGGGACUACUGGAACAUAGGCGGCGCACCGGGCUUCGGCAGAGAUGAAUGAAAGCGGCUCGCUCGAUGGAACCGGGGUCCCUUUAGCCCGCGUUCAGGCCAGCGAUGGCAACUCUUCUCUGGAGCUCUCCUCGCUGCUCCCCGUCUUUGCCAUCAACCCCUGGGACGUCGUGCUCUGCAUCUCCGGGACCAUCAUCGCCUGUGAAAAUGCCAUCGUGGUGGCCAUUAUAUUCUACACUCCCACCCUGAGAACCCCUAUGUUUGUGCUCAUUGGGAGCCUGGCCACAGCGGACCUACUGGCUGGAGUUGGCUUAAUCCUGAAUUUUGUUGUUCAAUAUGUGAUCCAGUCAGAGACCAUUAGCCUUAUUACCGUUGGAUUCCUAGUUGCCUCCUUCGCUGCUUCUGUGAGUAGCUUGUUAGCCAUCACAGUUGAUCGUUAUCUUUCCCUGUACAAUGCACUGACUUAUUACUCAGAGAAGACUGUCCUCUGCAUUCAUAUGAUGCUGAUCGUUACCUGGGGGGUGUCCCUCUGUUUGGGACUACUACCUGUUCUAGGCUGGAAUUGUCUAGAUGACUAUUCAUCAUGCAGCAUUGUCAGACCCUUGACCAAAAGUAAUGUGACUUUGCUUUCUGCCUCUUUCUUUUUGGUUUUUAUCAUCAUGCUUCAUCUGUACAUUAAAAUCUGCAAAAUAGUUUGCAGGCAUGCACAUCAGAUAGCUCUCCAGCAACAUUUUUUGACUGCAUCUCACUAUGUUGCUACUAAAAAAGGAGUCUCUACACUUGCUAUAAUUAUUGGGACCUUUGGAGCAAGCUGGUUACCGUUUGCAAUCUAUUGUGUAGUUGGAGAUCUUGACUACCCUUCCGUGUACACUUAUGCCACACUUCUACCUGCUACUUACAACUCUAUGAUCAAUCCUAUCAUUUAUGCCUACAGAAACCAAGAAAUUCAGAGGGCCAUGUGGGUUCUUUUUUGUGGCUGCUUUCAGUCUAAAGUGUCCUUUCGUUCAAGAUCACCCAGUGAUGUCUAAGAUACUUUUCUUUUUGUAGUGCUGCCCAAAGAGACAAUCUAUUUAGUGAAUUACAGUGCCUGUAAUGAACUAGAUCCAUGUUGUGA